CUGCACUUUUCUUUGAAAAUAGAUGUUCUAGUAUAACAUCUUUAAAAUUUUGAAAACUGCAAGAAAAACGUACGUUCUAUACUUUUAAACAAAAUUGGUGUUAGGUGGGAUGAGCUUGAUCUCCUAUAAUGCAGGAUGCAAGAAAUAGACUUCCAAAUACUUGCACAAAAGAUGGAUCUUUUGACAGGCAUGGGAAACCAGCGAUUAAGGAAAAAACUGGUGGAUGGAGAUCAGGGAUGCUUUUGCUAGUCAAUGAAGGACUUGCUGCAGUUGCAUUUACUGGGGUGGAAGUAAACAUGGUUCUUUUUGCAAAGUCAGUCCUCAGGCAAUCAAAUGCAGAUGCAGCCAAUACGUUCAGUCGGUGGAUGGGAACCCUCAACAUUUGUGCUCUUAUAGGUGCAUUUCUCAGUGACUCCUAUAUGGGCAGAUAUGUCACUUGUGUUGUUUUCCAGACCAUAAUGGUGCUUGGUUUGAUUAUAUUAACUCUUUCAACGCGCAUAUUUAUGAUUGAACCAAAAGGAUGUGGGAGAAUAGGAGAACACUGCGAUAUUAAGUCACCACUUGAAACUGCAAUAUUCUAUAUAUCAAUCUACUUAGUAGCUCUUGGUAGUGGUGGAAUGGAACCAGCACUUGGUACAUUCGGUGCAGACCAAUUUGAUGAGGAGGAUACAGAAGAAAAGCGAUCAAAAACUGCAUUUUUUGGCUAUUACUAUGUCGCUUUGAAUCUUGGAUCGUUGAUUGCUGAAACAGUCUUGGUUUAUAUAGAAAAUCUGGGGAUGUGGGAGCUGGCCUUUUGGAUUUCAACAUCUGGUGGUUUUUUUGCUUUGAUUUUGCUGUUAUGUGGGAAUUGUAGAUAUAGGCACUUUAAGCCUGCUGGCAAUCCCGUUUCAAGGUUCUUUCAGGUAUUUGUGGCUUCUACAAGAAAAAUGAAACUCGAAGUUCCCUCAAAUGGGAAGGGGCUCCAUGAACUUCAGGAGAAAGAUGAAAAAGACAGUACCAGAAAUAUAGUACAUACAGAUGAUUUCAAGUUUCUUGAUCGGGCAGCUUUUGUGACAGCACCAGACAUGAUAACCAUAUUACCUGGCAAAAGCCAAGCUCCAAAUCCGUGGCGUCUCUGCACUGUUUCUCAAGUUGAAGAAGUAAAAUGUGUGCUGAGGCUAUUGCCAAUAUGGUUUUGCACCAUUGUUGCCUCCAUAGUCUUUGUACAAGUUCUUUCUCUCUUUGUUGAGCAAGGAGCUGCAAUGGAAUCAGUAAUCUUGGGAUUUCACAUCCCUCCAGCCAGCAUGACUGCCUUUGACAUUAUAAGCACAUCUACAUUCAUCAUUUGCUAUGAGAAGUUUAUUGUUCCUUUUUAUGUGAAACUGACUAAAAGGAAGCCAAAGACUCUAAGUGAAUUACAAAGAAUAGGAAUUGGACUGGUGAUUUCGAUUGUAGCCAUGAUAAUUGCAGGCUUUGUCGAGCUGCACAGACUAAGACAUGCAAUCCAAAAAGGUCAAGAAACUAGUUCCCUCAGUAUUUUCUGGCAGACUCCUCAGUAUGUAUUAGUAGGAGUAGCCGAAGCAUUUGUAAUUGUUGCCCAGUGGGAGUUCUUCGCUUCACAAACACCAGAUAGAUUGAAGAGCUUGGGGCUUGGUUUAUCGAUGUCUUCUUCUGCGUUAGGUAGUUACUUAUGCAGCAUAGCGCUGACAGUGGUGAUGACUAUCACAUCGAGGCAUGGGAAGCCAGGAUGGGUUCCUGCAAAUUUAAAUGAUGGCCAUUUGGACAGGUUUUUCUUCCUUUCAGCAGCUCUCAUUGCACUUGAUCUGGCAAUGUUUGUCGUGGUGGCUAAGAGGUACAAGUGCAUAACAUUAGAGAAGCGAGAGGGGGGAGCAGAAGCAGGUGCCAUACCUUGAACUAAUCAAAUUGCUUCUCAUGUCUAUCUCUAUCUGGAUCACAAGUACUUGAAUGAGCAUUUUUGUAGCAAGAUCAGUAGACAUGGAUUGUAGAAGUGAUGUAAAACGCAAAUAUGACAACUUCAUGACGAAAUAUAGUAU